UCUGCUCGUUUGACGACUGGGCCGGCUGCGCUCGGAUCAAUCGAUCCAGGAUGUCGCCGCCGCCGAGACGAGAAGGCGACCGAGACGCCGCAAUCACGUGCAAUUGCAGCAAGCGCCGCCGCCUCGCGCGGGGCGGAUCCGACGGGGGUGACGACGGUGAAGACGUGCGGCCAUGGGCUUCGCUGGCCCAGGAUCUGGUGGAGCUUAUAGCGUGGCGUGUGCUGGCCGGCGACCUGCUGGAUUACAAACGUCCGCCUCCGCGCCGUCUGCUCCCACGGGACCAAGAGCACCCUCCGCCCGCGCGGUCGCAGCCUUGUGGAUCCGCGCUUCCACCCGCGACGGUGGAUGAUAUUGCCCGAAGGCCACGGGCUCUACCCGGGCCACCCCAACCUCGGCGGGUACGUGCGUUUCUUCAGCCUCACCACCACCAGUCCCAGGUUCGUCCGCGUCCACCGACCGCUCUUCGACGACCACGUCGUCCUCGAUUCGGUAGAUGGUCUCCUGCUGCUGCUGCUGCACCGGGAGCAUGGCACCACCAUCUGCCUCCUCCACCCCUUCACCGGCGACAUCGCCGAGUUCCCACCGCUGUCAUCCCUUCUGCAGCAGACGGAGCGCUACCGCUACAUGAGCGAGGAGUCCAAUCUCAGCGAGCUCCGGCUUUACCUCUAGGGACUUUGUGCCGCCGUCACCGUGGGUGUCGCCGGGACCAUGGCAUCACCGUGGUUAUAGCCUUUGGCCCGAGACGCCGUGUAGCCCACGCCACGGCCGGUGACCAGCGCUGGACCCUCUCCGCUCGCAAGCUGCCGUUUUUGCUAGUACCACCAAUUUCUUUCCAGGGCAAAGUGUACGCUAUGUCAUCAAAGUCUCUUGGCGAGCGCAAUGUUCGGAUCAGAUUGAUCCGCCUACGCCGAGUGCAGAGGGUUCGCACUUGCUAUCUGAUCUGCAGCCAGCAGCGAGGAUUAUUGUCGAGUGCCCAGUGGUCGCAACUAUGGCAGCAGGCCACCUGGUAGAAUGCAGGUCAGAGCUCAUGCUCGUUGGUUCUCAUGACACCUCAUUUACACAACUAGUAGUUUACAGGCUCGCUGACCUUAUCAGAGGAAGAGCUAUUCCUAUAACAGACAUCGGAGAGCAUGCCCUCUUGCUUGGUGAUCGAUCCUUGUGCGUCUCAUCUAACAAGGGGUUCCCUUUUGUUCCGGGCAACUCAAUCACCUGCAACUAUAGAAUUCCAAAACACGAUUCGCAGGUGGGAGUAUGUUGCCAGAGACUUAUUGAGCAUUACCAUCUAGGUAGUGGUACCUGGUCUCUAGCCAUACCCAGGGAUAACCCCCCAGCGAGCCCUUAAACGCUCGUGCAUCAUAUUUUCACCUGCUGCUACCGCAGCCAUUGGAAUAAAGCACUCAUGUUCCACGGAGCUGUAAGACCUGAUUGGUCGGUGAAGCCAAAUCUGUGGAUAGGCAGUUGAUGGAUGAUCUCUCAUGGUACCUUGAGGCAAGAGCAAAUAUUUAACUUGUCGACAAAAAGUGUCCUGAUAGUUGUCACUGAAAGAUGGGCUGGCGUUGCCGCCGAGCCAUACAUGGUCACCUUCCUGUCAUGUGCCAAUAGUGGCAUUCCAGCAUCCUUGAUGAUUUGCACAGCAUUUUGGCAAGGAGUUAGGAAGUGACAAUGUGCAUGUACAGGAGUUUGUACGCGUGCUGCAAACUUUGAAACACAUAUUGUACAGGUGUACAAGUUUGG